AUGUCUUCAUUUGGAACACUAUUCAAAGUGACCACCUACGGAGAGUCGCACUGUCGUUCCGUGGGGUGUAUUGUGGACGGCGUGCCGCCCAACAUGAGUCUCACUGAGGACGACAUCCAGCCUCAGUUGUCUCGAAGACGGCCUGGCCAAUCCAAGUUGACCACGCCUAGAAACGAAAAGGACAGAGUCGAGAUCCAGUCUGGAACAGAAUUUGGCAAAACGCUCGGAACCCCCAUUGCCAUGGUUGUCAAGAACGAGGACCAAAGACCAAAGGACUACACAGAAAUGGAUGUCUUUCCCAGACCUUCGCAUGCCGAUUUCACGUACCUUUCCAAGUACGGAGUGAAGGCCUCGUCUGGAGGAGGCAGGUCUUCAGCCAGGGAGACUAUUGGCCGUGUUGCAGCAGGAGCCAUUGCUGAGAAGUUCCUCAAACAGGUGAACGACGUUGAGAUCGUGGCGUUUGUUUCUGGUGUUGGAGAGUGCCAGAUCGACCGUUCUGUGCAGAACCCGGAGUUUAUGGAGCUUUUGUCGACUAUUACUAGAGAAAGAGUCGACCAGUCUGGUCCUAUUCGUUGUCCCAUUCUUGAAAAAGCCGACGAAAUGACCCGUCUUGUCGUGGAUUGCAAGGAGCGCAACGAUUCCGUGGGCGGCAUUGUGACCUGUGUUAUACGAAAUGUGCCUAUUGGCCUUGGAGAGCCGGCUUUCGACAAGCUGGAGGCCAUGCUUGCCCAUGCGAUGCUUUCGAUUCCUGCCACCAAGGGUUUUGAAAUCGGCUCUGGUUUCGAGGGAACCAAGAUGAGAGGGUCUGAGCACAACGAUCCGUUUGUGAAGAAAGGUGGCAAGCUUGGCACCGCCACGAACAACUCGGGAGGAAUCCAGGGUGGCAUCUCCAACGGAGAAAACAUCUAUUUCAGCGUUGCUUUCAAGCCUCCAGCUACAAUUUCACAGGAACAACAGACCGCCAGCUACGAGGGAGACGAUGGUGUGCUCAAGUCUCGCGGAAGACACGAUCCUAACGUUGUUCCUCGUGCCAUUCCGAUCGUCGAGGCCAUGGCUGCACUAGUUCUUGCGGACUCGUAUCUGAUCCAGAAAUCGCGCGAGUCUACGUUUGGUUCUGUGUACUAA